GACAGGUCGACCCACCGCCUGCAUAUCGCGUCCACGCUUUGAACAGCUGACUGGAGCGGGUGAAACCAACAGUGGGCUGAUGUGGACUGGUGAGCCUACAGGGCCAUUAAUAUUACUCCCUCCUCCUCCGACUGGAAGCUAGAAGCGUGUCGGUUUAUCUGCGGCACCGUACUGUAGAUUACUGAGCAGCACUCAGUGGCUACACGAGCUAAUGAGAUUGACAAACUAACGUUAGUUAUCUGCGGAUGAAAGCGCAAAAAAACAGCUUAUCUGAGAGCAUAUUUGGCUGAAUGAUCGUGAUGAAACAUCAUGUCAGAGCCGGAGAGAUCCUCAGCUGAGUUGCGUCCUGUGAACUGCAUCAAACCAUCUGCUGAAGCCUCAUCUUGACUCGUGUUUAAGAUGGUGAGUCACGCCCUCUCGCUCGGUGAAUAGGCGGCCACACAAAGGCGGAAAGAUUUCAGCUUGGCCAGUAAAUAAAACCCUCUUCCUUCUGCACAGCGUGGGAGAAAGUGCCACUGUGGUCCUGGUGUGGCAUCUCUGUAGGCUGAUAACUGGAGUGAAAGCAGCGCUGAGGGAUCAUCUUUCACUCAGAGCCACUCACCUUUCAUGCCGUGGCCCCGGAGCCAGCUCUCAGGGCUGGACUGUCAGUGGGAACGCAGAGAGACUCUCGCACGGACUCAAUCGGCAGAGCUGCACGGUGCGCAGGUGUAAAGCAGCCUCCUCAUGAGACUGAAGGGGCAUCCAUGAGGGAAGAGUCAUGCUAUUGUUUGGAUGACCUUCACACAGGAUUAAGACACUUCAUCCGACUUUUUCCUCAGUUUUGUCGGGGCCCCGUGGGGCUUUGGGGUGGGAGCAGGGACAGCUGGUGUUGAUUCUUCUGCUUUAUGAGUUUUCAUCACUGGGAAAACGUGUCUGAGUGGCAGGGGGAGCCAGCAUGGCCAAGCCUCUGCUGAAGAUACAGCGCUAUUUCCGCAGGAAACCUGUCAGAUUCUUUUCUCUAAUCCUCCUCUACUUGACCGCCGGGAGCCUCGUCUUCCUGCACUCUGGCUUCGUCGGGGACAGCGGCCCCGGGGGCAGAGGGGGCAGAGACUCUGUGGUGGCUUCAGAGAUGGGAGGCCGGACUUCAGAUGCUCGGGGGCUUGGCAUCAUGAGCAGAGUGUUUAAGGAGACACGCAGGUCUGGACGCAGGUACGGCCCUCCGUGGAUGAAAAAGGCCAGACGUGAGGGCCAGGAGGCGCGCAGGGGAGGAGACUACACCAACAACUGGAACCGUGCACUUAAAGGACGCACUGCCAAAGAUGUCGACGAUGGACGAGCAAAGUAUAUCGGCUGCUACAUUGAUGACACACAGAAAAGAGCGCUGAGAGGAGUUUCCUUUUUUGACUACAAAAAAAUGACUGUGUUUCGUUGCCAGGACAACUGUGCAGAAAGAGGUUACAUGUACGCAGGCCUGGAGUUCGGAGCAGAGUGCUACUGCGGUCACAAGAUCCAGGCGCCCAACGCUUCAGAUAGCGAAUGCAACAUGGAGUGUAAAGGAGAGAAGAGCAACCUGUGUGGAGGAGCCAACCGGCUGUCCAUCUAUAGGCUGGAGCUGAGCCAGGAGUCGGCACGCCGCUAUGGCAGCGCCAUUUUCAAAGGAUGUUUCCACAGACCAGACAAUGUCACCCUGGCACUUCCCUUCAGCGCGGUCAUCCAAAACAUGUCCGUAGACAAAUGUGUGGACAUGUGUACAGAGAGGGAGAAAUCGCUGGCCGUCCUGGCUGGAGAUCUGUGUCUCUGCGGCUUCCCGACUCCUCUCUUCUCCCUUCAUGAGCUGGAAGACGAGUCCAUGUGCCUCCACCGCUGCCAGGGGGAGGAGUUCGAGAGCUGCGGGAACGACGAGUACUUUGUGGUGUACCAGACGCAGGUUCAAGAUAACCGCUGCAUGGACCGACACUUCCUCCCUGCUCGUGCCAAGCAGCUGGUAGCCCUCGCCAGUUUCCCCGGAGCCGGCAAUACCUGGGCUCGCCACCUCAUAGAGCUCGCCACGGGUUACUACACCGGCAGCUAUUACUUUGAUGGCUCUCUUUACAAUAAAGGAUUUAAAGGGGAGCGGGACCACUGGCGUAGCGGGAGGACGAUGUGCAUUAAGACACAUGAGAGCGGCAGGAAGGAGAUUGAAGCCUUUGACUCCAGUGUCCUCAUGAUCCGAAACCCCUACAAAGCUCUCAUGGCUGAAUUUAAUAGAAAAUAUGGUGGCCACAUUGGAUUUGCCUCCCAGGCCCACUGGAAAGGGAAAGAGUGGCCAGAGUUUGUGAAGAACUAUGCCCCUUGGUGGGCGUCCCACACGUUGGACUGGUUGAAUUAUGGCAAGAUCGUCCAUGUGGUCCACUUUGAGAACCUGAAGAGGGACCUGUUCUCCCAGCUGAAGGGGAUGGUCCAGUUUCUGGGUUUGAAGGUUUCUGAGGACCGUCUUCUCUGCGUCGAGGGGCAGAAGGAUGGAAACUUCAAACGAUCAGGGCUAAGAAAGCUCGAAUAUGACCCUUAUACUCCUGAAAUGCGAGCGAACAUCAACGAGCUGAUCAGAACAGUAGACGCUGCCUUGAGGAAAAGGAACAUGCCUGGAGUUCCAGAUGAAUAUAUGCCAAGAUGAUAUAUGUGAUCCCCUCAUUUCAUUUUUUUCCUCCUUUAAUUGGACUGUUCUGUCAACAGACUCUGCACCAUAUUUUGUAGGAUUACUAAACAUUUUUUUCAAUUACAUUUCUGCAAACACAGGUUGAAGCUCUAGUGAGAAGAAAUCAGUCGCUCCUAUUUUAAUUUUCUAUUCACAUUCUUUCAUUUUCUGUUGAACCUCAGCAGCUUCAUGCAUUAAUAAUAAGAGGCAAUUUAACUUUUUGUUAUUCUCUUUGCCUGAAUGAAAAGCACUUCUUAUCCUGCUCUAUGCACAUGUGCUGUGUAGGCAUGUGCACAUGCCUUAACAUGAGGGUACAAUAGCUGUGACUAUAGAGGGGCUCGUCUGACUGCGCUGCCAGUGAAAAACAUGUGACCCAAAAAAUAUUAUACAAUACUGCAAAGUGUGUUGUAUGAGCUUAUUUUGUGCAAAAUAGAAAUACAAGAAAUUAAAACAUUGAAUUUAAUAUUCUGCUGCUAUCACAGUCACAGAAAAAUACUAUUUUCUACAUGAAAACUUUAAAACAUUUAACCCUUUGUCAGAGGGGACAAAUGCAAUAUACAGGCUAUAACUACCUGAUGAUGAUACUGUGUGUUUCCUAGUUUUUGUAAGUUAUUCAGCUUGUAUGUAAGAGGAACCUUGUUUUCAAAGAUGAAGAGAUAAAGAACUCAGCUCCGAUUAUUCAAGAAGAUGAAUAAUCCCUCUUGAAGGCACUGAUUCAAGGAGAGAAGAGGAUUUAUCUUGACAGCAUUUAUGUAUCUUUGGUGUGCGGUGCACAGGUCGACUAAUUUGGUUGUGAAUAUGUUUUCUUAACACUGGACUCGAUGCAGAAAUCCAAAAAGCACGUCGCUGUGCAACACUUGCCCCAAAGAUCACUGAGGAAUUAGGCGUUACACUCGUGUUAUAGAUCAGAGGUUACAUUUAGCAGUAGUGAUCUUUUUUUUUGAAAGAUUUAUUUUAAAACAGUUAAUCAUACUGAAUGUGAAAACUGUUUUUUGUUUGUUUUACUGCUUUGUUGUAAGAAGAGCUAUGAAACAGUUAAAAGCUGGUGAUAAUUUCACUCUUCAUAACUUAAAAAAAAUGUGUGAAAACUUGUGCUCAGAUUUUAUAAGCAGCACGUCUUACAAGGGUACUCAAUGUGCUAUGCCAUAUGCUUAAAAUAAACCAUAUAUAAAUAAAUAGAUACAUGAAAAUAUAAAUAAAUAAUCACUGGUGAAUAAGAGCCAGAAAACAUUAACUGACUUCCAUUUUCAGAAUGAUAUAAAUAUAUUUUUAUAGUGUGUGCUGACACAUCGACAAUAUUUGUAUUGCAACAAGCAAAACGGGAGAUGUUGUUUCUAUUUUUAACACAUGCUUUAAACUUUAUUGGCUCUCGCUUUCAUUGACAAGCCGGCACUUUCUGAACAUAGGUGUCACAUUUGAAUGUAUUUUCUAUGGAAUGAAUGUAAUGUGAUAAGGCCCAAUAAAUGAGUACAUAAAUGGA